AUGCUCAAAUGGGCUCGAGCGCCGACCAACGGACCACUGAUGAUGCGUAACGUGCCAACCACUCUUUCCCGGGACGAGCUGGUCGAUCUGUUGAACCGCAUGGGUUUCGAGGGACAGUUCGAUCUUGUGUAUCUUCCGAUGCAUCUCGCGUCGAAGAUCAAUUUCGGGUAUGCGUUUGUAAAUUUGCUGGCCCAUCAGCAUGCAAUGCGGUUUUGGAAGGUAUUCCAAGGUUUUUCAUCGUGGCCUGCAUCUGGAUGCUGCAAAGUGUGUGCCGUGAGUUGGGGAAACGUGCAGGGAUUUGGGGCGAAUUUUGCGCGAUAUCGUAAAAGCGCCAUCAUGCACAACCAGAACCUACCAGAUCUUUACAGGCCAGCUAUUUUCCACAAUGGCCGGCAGGUCUUGCUCCCGCACACGGCCCCGGAACCCCAGGCGAUGCUGGAGUGCUCGUCCUCGGAUCCAGGGACGCAGAGGCUUCGCCGUUCCUGCGGGCAGUUCGUCCGCGUUCCGGCCCGCCCGAACAUACACAGCACGAUCGUCGAGUAA